CACGCUGUUUUCCUGUAAUAAAUGUUGAGUUGAAUAUUUUAUAGUCUGAGUUAUUUACUGGCUAGCGGUGUGGCCUAAGUACCGGCAACUGAUUUUUUGUUGUUGUAAAGGUUUUGAGUCUGCAAAGAGACUCCUUUUUGUUGCAGUUAGUUGAACAUCCACUCCUACGCUCCGAAGCGAGCUUCGUUGUGGACAAUAUUUUCGCUAAUUGGUCCAGUGAGGAAAAUUUGCCGAAAUUUGUGGUCUGGGGAUCGGCCCACGCACUCUCGGGCUUUAAUCUUGUACUCUGGACAAGCGGUGUUCGGGUUCACUUUACAGCGCAGCUCAAAUUGAGAAACAAACCGGGUUUUGGGGGAAGAAAGAAAAACCCGCCCUGGGAGUUCGAUUCUCAUUGGCCGGGCAACCAAAAACACGGCGGUUGGCCUCCCUUACGGGAGUGGCGCUUAAGCCAACUGCUUGACUGCGCAGAGCCCCGGUUAGGAAGGACUCACACGCCUAGAAGGCGUGUCGGGUUACACAUUGAUUUUACACCCUGGUACAGAAAUGAAAGACGUAGUCCUACGUCAAAAUUAUUUGGAAAUUUUACUAGAAUAACAAUAUCUGUAAACGAAAUAACUAAUCAGUCUUUAUUACAGAUUCUGAAGAAUAAUUUCGAUUAGACAAAACUGAACGGACUGUUCACCACAGAAGACAUAAUGGGACAAUUACAAGAGAUCUAUCGAGAACAUUUCGGUCAACAGAGGUUAUUGAAAAUUAGGUACACCCAGAAUCUAUUGGAAGACAUCGAGGAAGAAGACCAGCAAUGGAACGUCGUCCGGAAUGAGCACCAUAGAGCUCACAGACUGACGUUUUGCCUUCUACUAUACAACUGCACAAUAGACGCAAACGAAAAACAAAUUUCAAUAAGAAGCCUGAAUCAACAACCGCUAUUUGUAUAUGACCAAGGAAUAGGAAGAAUUCGCUAUGAUUUUCACUAUUAUAUACACCACUUCAACAUCACAUCUCUGCGAGUUAAUAUUGACAUAUUGCAAUCACAAUAUAAUAAAGUAAAAACGAAUCAGUUCAGCCAUCUUAUCCAGGAUAAAUUCCAUAAAAUUAAUGAUGGAUUGAAAAAACUAUCUCUUACUAGAAGACAUAAAAGAUGGGAUACUUUAGGAUCAAUUUGGAAAUUCAUUGCAGGCAGUCCCGAUGCAAAUGAUUUGAGAAUGAUUAAUUCAACUAUCAAUAAUAUAAUUGAUGAAAAUAAUAAGCAGGUCAAAAUAAAUAGAAAAAUUACAACACAAAUGAAAGAAUACAUAUGUAAAACAAGUGAAGCAAUAUCCCUCUUUAAUUCAAAGGCUUUGGAAAUUCAUUCCAUUAAUAUUUACCUAAACUUAAAAUAUCUUUCUGAAAAACUAGAAAAUAUAUUAGACAGUAUGACAUUAGCAAAGUUAGGACUUAUCAGUGAAAAAAUUCUAAGCACUGAUGAAUUAGACGUAAUAAUACAGGAUCUAAGAAGCCAGAAUUUGACAAUUCACACUAAUCUCGAGGCGCUGAACUACAUCGAAACAUCCGUGGCCACCAACGAUAAAGAGAUGGUACUUCUUAUCAAAACCCCCGUUUUGGACAACCGGAUCUUCAGGAAAAUCCAUGUUUACCCAACCAUACAGGAUAACAAGCAAAUAUACCUUACAAACAGGCUAUUUCUAGUACACUCCAGUGGGAAUUACAUUACGAAGAAUCUGAAUCAAACAAUUUUCGACAGAAAUGAAAUCAAAAGAGAUGUAUCUGAAUGUGUACCAAAACUAACUAACAUUCCUAAACAAGAGGUUCUACAUCUGGAUAAUCAACAUAUUUUGAUGAACUCAAUAGAUAACAUCCAUGUGGAAACCACGUGUGGAAUAACUAACAAAACCCUGAACGGAUCAUUCUUGAUCACGUUCCACAAUUGCACCGCCAUACUCAAUAAUUUAACCUACAACGUAAAUAGGGUAAACCUAGGUGGAAACCCGACUUAUCUACCAUUAGACAGUAUCGUUGUCGAACAACAACACGAUAGUCAACAUCAGUUUGGAACAUUUACAUAAUCUGCAUUUAGAAACAAAGGAAAUAUUGGACCAUAUACAGUUGGAGAAUAAAGGCUUACACUGGAAAACAACUUCAAUUCUGGGUUCAUUCCCUAUUGUAGUUUUUGGUAUCAUUAUUCUGUUCUUCCGUUUUCACAGAUCUGAAGUUAAAAUCACAACCCAAACAAAUCAACCCACAAUUACUGAGAACAGCAGAUACAGGGAGCCGACCAUUGAAGAUGUGAUGGAUACGGAGCAUCAUCACUAAGGAGGGAGGAGUUAACGAUCGAGCAUCGCAUGGAAUUUGCAGACCAGGCGGAUAUUAUGCUGCUUGGCUGAUAAACAAAACAUCGGAUCCGCUAGCGAAGGAAUUGGAAGCGUGAUCAUUAAAUAAACAUCAUCCGAGGCCCGCCCGCAUGGAGCUGAGUUGUCAUAUUUAGGGUUUAGCUGAUAAACGAUCAUGUUAGCAUUAAGAGAAGAAUAAAGUUAGUCUUAG